CUUUUUCUGUGUGUAAUGUUGCACAGACAAGAGCUCUGAGGGCAAUGUCCUAACAAACAAUCUCUGCUGGAUUUUUCUGUGAGAUCACUCUCAAUAUAACGUUCAAAAAUGGAGGAAAUGCAAAAUUCAGGUCGUCCGUAUAACAAACUGAUAAGUCAGGAGGAAACCAUUGAAGAUGAGCCUCGUCUACCAUCAAAUCAGGAGAAUCAAGUGACUGUGUCGACGAUGAGACCUGAAUCCACCAUGAAUCGUUACAAACUGCUAACAGCAAGCCUAGCAGCGUUAGCAGUGAUUCUGCUAAUGGUUAAUAUUGGCCUGGGAGUGUACUAUAACAAACUAAGUGAAAACAACAUAGUGAGAGACAUCAGUGGAGAGAUAAGAAAACUUCAGGCUUCUUAUGAAGCUGCACUACAAAGCAGGGAUGAAGUCAAGAAACAGCUGGCGAUAGAGAUCAGCGAGCAGCAAGUCAUCAAGUGGGAGCUCGAACACCAGACCCUCAGAGUCAAAGACUACGAAAAGCAGGUGGAAAAGUUGCAGGUGGACAUUGCAUCGCUGAAAUCCCAUUUACCAAUGAUAAAUGAAGGCUGCAGACACUGUUUGCCUGGAUGGACUUUCUUGAGCGCAAGCUGCUAUUACUUCCCGUUUUCUGACACUAUUUACCGCACAUCAUGGAACGAGGCCCGGCAGUUCUGCAGGAGGCAGGGAGGAGACUUGGCCAUUGUGAACAACAGAGAAAAGCUUUUUGGAAUAAUUAGGCUUCUAACAAUUAAUCAAGACAUUUUGAGACCAGUGUCGCACAGUGGUUUCUGGAUCGGACUGAGAGACGUGGAAGAGGAAGGGGUCUGGACAUGGGUGGAUGGGACGAGACUGACUGAUGGGUUCUGGAAUGUUGGAGAACCAAACAACUUAAACAAUGAGGACUGUGCCGCAGUGUACCCCAAAAGCAACCCAUUCAUGUCUUGGAAUGAUGCACCGUGCAAUUAUAACCUGAAGUGGAUUUGUGAAAUGGCACCGAAGUCUUUCGGAUAACAAAGUGACUCUUUCUAAAGUCCUACAUUUAUUUGCUGAAGCAACAAUUGAGCAUCACUACAGAGACUCUUUUGUGCUGUUUCUUUAUUGUUUAUCCUACAUAACCUAUAAAUGGCAGGGAAGGUCAAACUACAAACAUUUUGUCUGAAAAUACAUACAUUUUAGUUUUAUGUAUAACAAAUAUUUGAUGCCACUAUACAUACAUGUAUAUAAUGUAUGUAUGUAUAAUAUAAUUGCUACAUAUAUGAAAAUGUAGCAAUUAAUCAUUCUAAAAUUCUCCAGCAUUUUACACAGAUUUGUGUGAAAUAAAAAAAGAAGUGUCCUUCUGUGCAUAUCUACAAUCCAUUAGAGUGGAACUUUAUGCAACACAACAUUUGGAUUCAACUGAUGCAAUUUAUUCGUGGGAAACACCCAAUACAUCUUUGUCAAACUACAGUAAAUAUGUCAUCCCAUGAUUUAUUCUGUAAAUGUGGAUUUUUAGUUACCAUUCUGUUAUGAAUAAACAUAAAUGACAACU